UGACAAAAGAAAAAAUAAAGGCAUCAUUGAAAACUUUCCAACUCCUAGCGGCAAAGUCAGUCAGUCGCCCCAAAAGUUGCAGUUAUAACAAGUUUUUUCUAGCCAAUGAGGGGAGGACACGUGGGAUUCGUCGUCACUUUCAUUCUCCUAGCUGCCGCCGGUAACCUUUGCGGUGAGUUCGCCGGCGAUUACUCCAAGCUAUCCGGAAUUAUCAUCCCGGGAUUCGCGUCUACACAACUGAGAGCAUGGUCAAUAUUAGACUGCCCUUAUUCUCCUCUCGAUUUCAAUCCUCUCGAUUUAGUCUGGCUCGACACCACUAAACUUCUUUCUGCUGUAAAUUGCUGGUUGAAGUGUAUGAUGUUGGAUCCUUACAAUCAAACAGAUCACAGAGAGUGCAAGUCUCGACCUGACAGUGGCCUUUCUGCUAUAACGGAGCUUGAUCCUGGUUAUAUUACAGGUCCUUUGUCAUCAGUGUGGAAAGAAUGGAUUAAAUGGUGCAUAGAAUUUGGUAUUGAGGCUAAUGCAAUCAUCGCAGCUCCAUAUGACUGGAGAUUGUCUCCAUCAAAGCUUGAGGAGAGAGACCUUUACUUUCACAAACUAAAGCUAACUUUUGAAACUGCUCUUAAACUUCGUGGUGGACCUUCAAUAGUUUUCGCUCAUUCAUUAGGUAACAAUGUCUUUAGAUACUUCUUGGAGUGGUUGAAAUUAGAGAUUGCUCCAAAAGAGUAUGGUCGAUGGUUAGACGAUCACAUUCAUGCCUAUUUUGCUGUUGGAGCUCCUCUUCUUGGUGCUAUCGAGACAGUCAAAGCAACAUUAUCGGGGUCUACAUUUGGUCUUCCUGUUUCAGAGGGGACAGCUCGCCUGAUGUUCAAUACGUUUGGAUCUUCUAUAUGGAUGUUACCAUUUUCAAAACAUUGUACAACUGAUAAUGUAUAUCGGAGACAUUUCUCUGGUGGAAACAGAAAAUACCAUCAUGCCUACCAUUGCGAUGAGCAUGAACUUAAAUCGAAGUACUCUGGCUGGCCAACAAACAUAAUCAAUAUUGAAGUUCCUUCGAUUCGAGCAGGGAAUGAGGUUUAUCCAUCAGUUGUAGAAACUGCCCAAACCAACUUGUCUGGAAUGGAAUGUGGAUUCCCGACACAAUUGUCCUUUUCUGCUCGUGAAGUCUCUGACGGAACCUUUUUCAAAGCCAUAAAGAAUUAUGAUCCUGACAGUGAAAGACUCUUUCACCUUUUAAAAAAGUCUUACCAUGAUGAUCCGAUUUUAAAUCCUCUAACACCUUGGGAAAGACCACCCCUCAAGAACAUAUUCUGCAUUUAUGGCGUAGAUUCGAAGACUGAGGUUGGUUACUAUUUUGCACCAAGUGGGAAGCCUUAUCCUGAUAAUUGGAUUAUAACAGAUGUGAUAUAUGAAAUCGAAGGAUCUCUGUACUCCCGGUCAGGAAAUCUAGUUGAAGGAUACCCGGGUGCAACAAGUGGGGAUGAGACGGUGCCAUACCAUUCCCUCUCCUGGUGCAAGAAUUGGCUGGGGCCAAAAGUGAACAUAACAAGGACACCACAGUCAGAGCAUGAUGGCUCAGAUGUACAAGUGCAUCAAAAUAUAGAGCAUCAACAUGGUGAAGAUAUCAUUCCCAAUAUGACAAAGUUACCUACAAUGAAGUACAUAACCUAUUAUGAGGAUUCUGAAAGUUUUCCAGGAACGAGAACAGCAGUUUGGGAGCUUGAUAAAGCAAAUCACAGGAACAUUGUCAGAUCUUCAGCUUUGAUGCGGGAGCUGUGGCUUGAGAUGUGGCAUGAUAUUCAUCCUGAUAAAAAGUCUAACUUUGUUACAAAAGCAAAGCGUGGGCCUCUGAGGGAUGAGGACUGCUAUUGGGAUUACGGGAAAGCUCGAUGUGCAUGGUCUGAACAUUGUGAAUACAGAUAUGUAUUCGGGGAUGUUCACCUGGGACAGAGUUGCAGAUUGAAGUGUUCUACAUCUCAUCUCCUGUCGCACUAUGUGUGAUUUUUAAGGUGUGUUUCUUACUUUGUACAACGGAAGACCAACUUCCGUUGUACAACUGUGACAAUUCAUCACUUUCACUGUAGAAAUUUUGUUUGACGGAACAAGUUUGCACAAACAUUUGAAGAACAAGGUAAAAUGAUUCAGAGAGCAAAGACGGGAUGUUCAUCUGGACAGCGUUACAUCCAACUUCGUUUGUGUAUCAUAAACUUGGAGAGCAUCUGGAGCCGCUGUUCAUCGAAGAAAUUUUGUAGAGUAUUAAAUUUUAGCACCAGAAUAUGUUCCACAUUACAAUGUAAUCUCAGGUAAGAGUCAAGAUAGCUCUAUUAAUAUCGUGGAAACCUCUGAUAAUCAUUGAUAUGCGUUGGUGUUUUGAUGCCAAUAAUUCUGAAUAUUUAGUCCAUAUUUUCAGACUAAAUCAAGAAGGAAUUAUUAUAGAAUAUUUCUAAUAUUUUAACAUUCCCUUCAAAUUCAAGUUGGUGUAUCCAAUUUGGGUUUGAACACUUUAAUUUGGUGCAAUCAUAAUUAGUAUGUUAUAAGAGCUCUUGAAUUGUUUUGA